AUGGGUCCAUUCCGAGGAGGACGUGGAGAUUCUAGAGGAGGUGGCGGUGGCCGUGGUCGUGGAGGUGGUGGAGGUUUCCGAGGUCGAGGUGGUGGCGGCCGUGGUGGAGGAGGUGGUGGUAGAUUUAAUCGAGAACCUGAAGGUCCACCUGAUUCUGUAGUUGAAAUUGGAUCCUAUUCACAUGCAUGUGAAAGUCAACUUGUAUGCAAGGCAACAAAUGAUAUGAUUCCGUAUUUUAAUGCUGGUAUCUUUCUUCAGAAUAAACAACAAAUUGGUAAAGUAGAUGAAAUACUUGGUCCAAUGAAACAAUAUUGGUUUUCUGUAACAUUAUUGGAAAAUAUGAAUCCAAGUUCAUUCAAAAAAAAUGAAAAACUUUUCGUUGAUCCAAAUAAAUUAUUGCCAUUGGCUCGAUUUUUACCACGACCAGCAGGAUCUAAACCAACAGGUGGUGGUGGACGAGGAGGACGUGGUGGAGGUGGUGGUAGAGGUGGUUUCCAACGUGGUGGCCGAGGUGGUGGUGGUGGUUUUAAUGCCCGAGGCGGCCGUGGUGGCGGUGGCGGUGGUGGUGGUGGAUUUCGAGGUCGAGGCGGUGGUCGAGGUGGUGGUGGUGGUGGAUUUCGAGGUGGUCGAGGACGUGGCAACUGA